CUCUCUCUCUCUCUCUGAUGAAAAUAUUUACACAUGAUUGAAUCACAGGGGAAGAUAUUUAUAUAUAGAUUGAGAAGAAAAUGGAAAAGAAGACCCUGUGAUUGAAUUAUAUACAUAUCAAGAACUCUAUCAAUUGAUUAGGACGUAUCUUUUUUUUUAUGAAACUAGGCAUAGUCGCUAGAUUGCAAAUUCUCUGUUGGAAUUAUUUGUGAUCGUUAGUAAGUAACUAAAUAAAUAAGUAAAUUUGAUUUAAAGUCGGCUCUGCACUGUAUACAAAUAGCAACAAAUAACAGUCAAUUGUUAACCCCAAUAACCCCAAACGGGGCAUAAUUAGUGGAGGAUUGGGGGUGGGUGGGGGGUGGAACCUAUAAAGGAUGUGGUAACUAUAAAUGAACGGAAGAAGGAACAAGAAUUUCAGUCAAAAACGCUUUAAAAUGCACCAUUUUAAAUCAAUUUUUUUGUUAGAUUCGAGGGUUAUAACCACCACCCCCUCCCAUGCCCUCCCCCUUUGGGCCUCAUUGUCUGAUAAAUCAAUUUUAAAUUGUUCAUUUUCAAAUGUACUGAUUUAGAUAAUUUCUCUCUUUCAUGACUAAAUUUGACACAAUGAAUUAUAGGGAAGUGAAUUUCAACAAUUUUUGCAGAAUCAUUUCUAGGAACAUUGUAAUAUCUACCAGUUUCAAUAACAAGUCUGUGAUGGCACUCGGAAUCUACAAAAUGACAUUGGAUCUAUAUUUGUAAUUAUUAAUUGAAGUAAAAUAUUCUUCACAUACAAAAUUUGACUUUUAAAGAUCAAGGCAGUCACCAUAAAUGAUGACUUGAAAAUAGUGAAUGAGACUGCAGUGAAGUUUGACACUGACCUUCCAGAAUACAAAACCCAGGGAGGGGUCCACAUCCAAGAUGACCACGUGACAGUUACCACCCCAUCAAUUAUGUGGGUCAAGGCAUUUGACAUUUUACUGGAUCGAAUGAAGGAAGAUGGCUUCCCUUUCAACAGGCUGGUGUGCAUAUCCGGUGCUGGCCAGCAACACGGCAGUGUGUAUUGGAAGAAGGGAACCAAGGAAGUCUUGAAAAAUCUUACAGAGAAAGCGUCACUGCAUGAACAACUACAGAAUGGUUUUUCCAUCCCUGAUUCACCGAUUUGGAUGGAUGCCAGCACAACAAAGAAUUGCCGGGAGCUAGAGGAUAAAGUGGGAGGUCCUCUGAAACUGGCAGAAAUAACGGGGUCUCGUGGCUUUGAGAGAUACACAGGAAAUCAGAUCAUGAAGAUAUCUCAGACAAGGCCAUCAGAGUAUGAGAUCACAGAGAGGAUAUCACUGGUCAGUAGCUUUGCUGCAUCGCUCUUGAUUGGAGAUUAUGCACCAAUAGAUUUGAGUGAUGGGUCCGGAAUGAACCUGCUGGACAUUACAACAAAGAAGUGGUCACCCAAAUGUCUACAGGCCUGUGGAUCAGACUUAAGUUCAAAACUGGGGGACAUGGUGUCAUCAAAACAAAUUAUUGGAAGUGUAAGCCAGUUUCUCAUUGGUCGAUACAACUUCAAUCCCAGCUGUAAGGUCGUGGCUUUCACAGGAGAUAAUCCUGCCUCCUUGGCGGGUGUGGCUCCAAAACUGGGUGAUGCUAUCAUCAGUCUGGGAUCGAGCGACACAGUAUUCUCCUGGUUAUCUCGACAAACUGCAGAGUUGGAAGGCCACAUCUUCGUGAAUCCGAUCGACUCGGAUACAUACAUGUCCUUAGUCUGCUUUAAGAAUGGUUCCCUCACCAGAGAAAGAAUUAAAAAUGAAUGUGCUGAAGGCUCGUGGGAUAAAUUCUCAGAUUACUUAAAAAACACACCAAUGGGGAAUAAUGGAAACAUAGGAAUAUAUUUUGAUGUGAUGGAGAUUCAACCACUUGCACAGGGAAUAUUCCACUUUAACAAAUCCAAUGAAAAGGUGUCCUCCUUCCCACAUGAUGUUGAGGUUCGCGCUGUGAUAGAAAGCCAGAUGAUCGCUCGUAAAAUGUACAUGGAAAUGAGAGGGAUGCAUGUUGGUCCAGAUACACGGAUUCUAGCCACUGGAGGGGCCUCUUUGAACAAAGCCAUUCUACAGGUUAUAUCAGACGUGUUCGGUGCACCAGUUUUUGUGAGCGACAUCCCGAACUCUGCAGCCCUUGGCUCCUGUUACAGGGCUAAACAUGGGCUUGAUGGUUGCGAGUUUACGGAUGUAGUCCGGAGUCACCCCCAGCCAGAGUGUGUGGCUGUACCAGCAGAAGGAGCUAGGCAGAUAUAUAAGGAGAUGACUGUGAGAUAUAAGGCAUUGGAGAAGACUCUGGCCAACAAUAGCAGAGUGGAUUCACGAACUUAGUUUAAUUCUUACAACUUUGACAUUUAUGAUCUAUGGUGCUAUUUUUCUGUUAGAGAACCUGUAGCAAAGUGAUAUCUUGAAUUCUUCUAAUGUUGACUAGCAAUAACAAAGCGAUUUUGUGAAUUCUUCUAAUGUUGACUAGCAAUAAGAAAUUGAUUUUGUGAAUUCUUCUAAUGUUGACUAGCAAUAACAAAGCGAUUUUGUGAAUUCUUCUAAUGUUGACUAGCAAUAACAAAUUGAUUUUGUGAAUUCUUCUGAUUUUGUUUUUGGUGCUUUAACACAAUUGAAUCAUUUCUCUUCAUUGCUAUUAUCAUUAGUCAAGAUUAAAUUAUUAAGUUUUCAUUCACUUCUCGUUAUUUCCAGUUUUGUUUUUUUUAGGAAAUUCAUUCUUAUACAGUUUUAAAUUCCAUGCUUUUUAUAUGAUGUCCAUUUUGUAUACUGUUAGAUAUUGUGACUCUAAGAUUCUACAGUGUGCACUAAAAGAGGGGGAAAUUUAAAUGAGAUAAAGUGAAAUAAAAUCCAUCUGUAGAUAUAUGUUAAAUAUAGCUCAUCCUCUGUUGUACAAUGUAAUAGGAAGUUCUUGUGUAUUCAAUAUUGUAAUUUGAUUUCAACUUUGGUAAUAAAAACAGUUGCAAUCCA